AUGGAGCCCAACUCACGGCAGCAUGCCCAACACCUAAAUGCAAGCACUCAACACUUGUUGAAGAAAGAACUCUUUGUCUACCGUUGCCCAAGACACCCUCCACCGGCUUUCAUGGCGAAUGUACGUGCCGGAUCUAUCAAGGCCCAGCGCGAGGCGCUGCGCAGGGCCCUGGCACAGUGCCGGGAGCUGUCUCAUCAAGUGAAACAAGAGAUUGCAGAUGCCUCCAAGGAGGAGAUGCAGACGGAAAGGAAGCUUGAGCAAAGUACACAGGACUUUCGAGUGCGCCUGGCUAGCCUGUCCUCGCAACCACCAGUGCUCACGACUGCAGCCUUGCAGGAAGCUCUGAGUGCUGCCCAAGCACAACUCGCUGAGGACGAAAAGCGCUUGUCCUUCGGCUUCUUCGAGCGCUGGCGCAAGUGUUUGGACCUGAAAAUCCGUGCCGGUGGAGCUGUCGAGCACAAAAAUGCCGUCGGCAAUCCUGGUAGAGAGCAGGGCUUCGCCAACGCCGACGCGAUGGCGGAAGCCUGUGCGGAAGCAAAGACCAUCGCCUUGAAGACAUCCGCCUUCGCAGAGCAACGGGCCGAGGCCCAGCGCUGGCUGCUGCGGUUUCGCAGUGACCUGCGCGCAGAAGAAGUCGAGACCGCCACCUUGUGCCAGCGGCUGGCAGAGGAAAGACGGCAGUCCAACGAAUGGUGGGAGUGGCACAUGGCAAGGCUUCCUGAAUAUCAUGGAGACCUUGAAGGUCUCCGGCAGGCAGAGGGCUUCGCCAAGACCAUGCAGUUGAGCAAGCAAGCGAGCCAAGCCAGGCUUCGGAGUCAACUCCAGGAGCAAGAGUUGGCCGAAGAACGGCUAGCACUUGCAAGAGAAGUUGUCGGCAAGGAAGAGGGUGAGGUGGAACACAUGUUCGUCCUUCUGCAGGAGCACGAAGAGCAGCAGCAGCGCCUGGCGCGGCAAGCCGUGCUGGAACCACACAAAGUGGACCGCAUUCAACAAGUUCAGCACUCAACUGAGCGGCUGCGCGAGGCAUGCUCCUUGAAAAGUCAGCUGGAGCUUGCCAGUGAAGAGGCUCGCAAGACAGAGGUUGAUGCGAAAGUUGCCCGAGCAGAGUUGCACACAAGAUGCGCUCGGGCAUCUGAAGAGCUGCGUGAUGCGGAGAGGCACUUGCAGUUCCUUAGGGAGAUUCGUGCUCGCGAGUUCAGCACUCUCGGCGACUUUGAGCGAGAGAAACGCCAGCUAUUGCAGGUCUAUCGGCAGGAAGCAGUGGAGCACGAUCGGACCAAGUGUCGGCUGCAGUCCCCUGGUAAUCCCGGUUCCACCAAUGCUGUGCCAAGCCAGCUCCCUUCGGACCAAAGACAUGUCCAAAGCGAGGAUGGCUUUGGCCACUGUGGCAUCGGCCCAUCAGGACGCUCACGACGUGAGGAUUACCUUCACUCUCGAGUCGAGGUUCCCCUGCAGCAAAGAUCUGCACAACGACGGCCAUUGUGA